ACCCCGCCUCCCCUGUCCGCGCCGCCUCCGGCCACCGGGCGGAAGAGGAAGAGCAAUCAUGAGGCGGCGGCCGGGGAUCGCCGGCCUUCAGAACGCGGCGGCCACUCGCGACAAGUUCCGGCUGGUUGGGGAGAAUGUGGCCAAGGUCAGGACGGAUGUCAUGCAGGAGCAGCUCGCCACCUUCAGGUCGCAGCUCGAGGAAUUCGCUCGCAAGCAUAAGAGUGACAUACGUAAAAAUUCGGUCUUCAGACAGCAGUUUCAUGAAAUGUGUGCAAAGGUUGGGGUGGAUCCACUGGCAUCUAAUAAAGGAGUCUGGGCAGAGCUCUUAGGGAUUGGUGAUUUCUACUAUGAAUUGGGUGUUCAAAUCGUUGACAUAUGCAUAGCAACCAGAUCGCUUAAUGGUGGUUUGAUUGACUUGCUGGAACUUCGCAAACUUCUCUGCCAGAAGAGAAAAACUGAUCUUGCAUCAUUAUCGGCAGAUGACUGUUUACGUGCUAUAAGUAAGCUGAAGGUCCUUGGUAGUGGUUUUGAAGUAUUUUCUGUUGGGAAGAAGAAACUUGUGCGAUCAGUUCCUACGGAAUUAAAUAAAGAUCACAAUGGGAUACUUGAGCUAGCUCAGGCUAGAGGCUAUGUCACUGUAGAACAAGUUGAGAAGGAGUUCUCAUGGUCUACCGGCCGCGCAAUUGAUGCCCUCGAAACUUUGCUGAAGGAGGGACUUGCUAUGAUCGACGACGGGCAUAGGGACGGCAAGCGUAGAUAUUGGUUCCCUUGUGUCACCCUCAGUUCGGACACCACCGGCGGUUCAGAAGGGAAGUCAUAACCUGUUCGUUCCAUCUCGCUGUUGUAUUUUUUCCCUUGUGUUCAUGAGAACUGUAACCCACCAGUGAUACUGGAGCAUUACAUUUUUGGCUCUACCACUCGCACGAGUACAUCAUGUGUAA